GGUGGGGUUGUCCUAGUAUCUCACGACGAACGUCUGAUCAGAAUGAUCUGUAAGGAAUUAUGGGUAUGUGGUAAAGGGACAGUGAAGAGUCUAGAAGGAGGAUUUGAUGAAUAUAAGAAGAUUGUCGAGGCAGAACUUGCUGCACAACAAUAGGGGUCAGCACUAAACAUGAUGGGAUAGACACAGUUCAUAAUGAAUUAUCCUUUGUUUCUUCAUGUUUUAAUCUGGAUUUAACUCUAGAGUCACCACACUGAAAAUUAGUUGUGAACUUUUUAUUGUCAACUGUCCAAAUUUUAAAAGGUUCUUCAUACAUGGAGACUCACAGCAGUUGCAUCUUAAGAUCAUAAAUAGAAUAAUUCCUUUUGCUAUUCUAUAUGAAUAUUCCUCGUCUAUCGAUGAUGCAACAGAAAGACUUUGUACUUGACUGGGUUACAUUUUGCAUUAAAAUGCAAUCUCAUAGAACUUGCAUUGUUGUCACUAUCUGGAACUGUGUUACAUUUUAUACUGAAUGUAUUGAAAAGAACUUGUGUCAGUUUUAUGAUAUGUGUAUUAUUAUUAUUAUUAUUUAU